CCCCCCCUUGCUUUUCUUUUCUUUUUCUAUGGCCCUUUUUUUUUGGCUUUGAAAUUUCUGCUGCAAAACAAUAACUUGAACCCCAAAAAAGUGGAGAAAAAGGAAAAAAAAAAAGUCUGCAUGAAGUGUCGCCGGGGAAUCAAGAUCCGGUCAGCACCGGUGGAUUUUCCCGGCUGAAUGUAAAAACCCAUUUAUUAAUCAUCGUUGACUAUAGCAGAAGAAGAAAAUGAUGAUGACAAGAACAAGGAGGAGAAUUUUUCAGUGAAGCUCCAAAAGGAGUUACCAAAAUUUCCAUUUUUUUCUUCAUUUUGGUCCUUUGUAAUGGCUGCCACGACUAAUACAACGACGACUCCAGUGGAUUCAAUCUCUGCCGACGAGUUAACAGCAAAGGCCGUCCACAAAAGGUACGAAGGUUUAGUCAUGGUUCGAACCAAGGCUAUAAAAGGCAAAGGAGCUUGGUAUUGGGCUCAUCUCGAGCCCAUGCUCGUUCAUAACACUGAUACCGGACUCCCCAAAGCUGUAAAGCUCCGGUGUUCUUUUUGCGACGCCGUCUUCUCAGCUUCUAAUCCUUCAAGAACGGCUUCAGAGCAUCUAAAAAGGGGAACCUGUCCCAACUUUAACUCACUUGCUAAACCCAUUUCAUCUGUUUCUCCAUCUCCAACAACGAUGACAGCAGCCACCGCUACUACUCAAAGUAAUAGAAAACGACGUUCUUCUUCUGUUACUGUAACUGCCACUGGCGGGGUCCUUGUUGGCUCGGUUCCGGGUUGUUCUUAUCAAGCUACUCCGUUGGCUAUUGUUGAUCCAUCAAGGUAUUGCGGGGAGUCAGAUUACUCGCCGUCUCCUGGGACGACUAUGACGGUGAGUGGUGGCAAUUCGGUACAACAUCAGCAGCAAUUGGUUUUGUCUGGAGGGAAAGAGGAUUUUGGUGCCUUGGCUAUGUUAGAAGAUAGUGUGAAGAAGCUAAAAAGUCCUAAAACAUCACCUGGACCAACUUUAAGCAAGUCCCAGAUUGAAUGCGCAGUUAAUCUAUUAGCUGAUUGGGUUUACGAGUGUUGUGGGUCGGUUUCAUUUUCGAGCCUUGAACAUCCCAAGUUCAGAGACUUUCUUAACCAGGUUGGGUUGCCACCGGUUUCCAGGAGGGUGCUUGCUGGGAGUAGAUUGGAUGCUAAAUAUGAAGCAGUGAAAACUGAAUCCGAAGCAAGGAUUAGAGAUGCUCUGUUCUUUCAGGUUUCAUCCGAUGGGUGGAAAGUCAAGAGGUUUGCUAGUGGGGAAGACAGCUUGGUGAAUUUGACCGUGAAUUUACCUAACGGGACUAGUUUGUAUAGAAGAGCAUUCUUUCUUAGUGGUUCCGUUCCUUCAAAAUACGCCGAGGAGGUGCUGUGGGAGACGGUAACAGGAAUUUGCGGCAACGCCGUCCAGCAGUGUGCUGGGAUUGUUGCUGAUAAGUUUAAGGGUAAAGCGUUGAGGAAUUUGGAGAACCGGCAUCAUUGGAUGGUUAAUCUUUCUUGCAUGUUUCAGGGUUUUAAUAGUUUGAUUAAGGACUUUAGCAAGGAGCUUCCUUUGUUCAAGACUGUGACCGAGAAUUCCUUGAAGCUUGCAAAUUUCGUAAAUAAGACGAGUCAAAUCCAAAGUUGCUUUCAAAAGCAUCAGUUGCAUGAGUUUGGGAGUGCUGGUUUAUUACGAAUGCCUUUGCAUGAUACUGAAAGCUUGGAUUUUGGACCAGUGUAUACAAUGCUUGAAGAUAUAUUAAACUCAGCUCGGGCAUUUCAGUUGCUUUUGCAUGACGAAACGUUUAAGAUGUUAUCCAUGGAGGAUCCAUUUGCCAGGAAAAUUGCAGAGAUGAUUCGAGAUACGGGGUUUUGGAGUGAGUUAGAGGCGGUGCAUUCAUUGGUUAAGUUGAUCAAAGAAAUGGCUAAAGUGAUUGAGACAGAAAGACCACUAGUUGGGCAGUGCCUACCACUAUGGGAUGAUCUUAGAACCAAAGUGAAGGAUUGGUGCUCAAGAUUUCACAUUGCAGAAGGUCCAGUAGAGAAAGUGAUUGAAAAGCGGUUCAAGAAGAACUACCACCCGGCUUGGGCCGCUGCAUAUGUACUUGAUCCUCUUUAUUUGAUCAAAGACAUGAGUGGGAGGUACCUUCCCCCAUUCAAAUGCUUGACACUUGAGCAAGAGAAAGAUGUUGAUAAGCUGAUAACUAGGCUUGUAUCUAGGGAAGAGGCUCAUAUUGCUCUUAUGGAACUUAUGAAAUGGAGAACAGAAGGUCUUGAUGAGGUAUAUGCACGAGCAGUACAGAUGAAGGAGAGAGAUCUAGUGACAGGGAAGAUGAAAAUUGCUAAUCCCCAAAGCAGUAGACUUGUUUGGGAAACUUAUCUUACCAAGUUCAAGUCCCUAGGGAAAGUUGCGGUUAGGCUUAUUUUCCUCCAUUCAACUUCAUGCGGAUUCAAAUGCAAUUGGUCUUUCUUGAAAUGGGUAGGUGCACAUGAGCAGUCAAGGAUAGGCAUGGACAGGGCUCAAAAGUUGAUAUUUAUAGCAGCACACUUGAAGCUCGAGAGGCGGGAUUUUUCCAACGAUGAAGAGAAGGAUGCUGAGCUUUUCGCAUCAGCAAAUGUUGAGGAUGAUGUACUAAAUGAGGUUCUUGUUGAAACAUCCUCAGUGUAACGUUUUUCCCUUUUUCUUCCAUUUCUUUAGAAAUUUGUAAGAUUUUUUAUAUUCUUUUUACAACCUUUCCCCUCAUUUUGUAUUAGUUUACUUACUCAUUAGAAGAUUUUGGGAGAGUUAAGUGGGAAGAAAAAGCAUUGAUUGGGAUUGAAUAUUGUAUUUCUACCACUCUGCUCAGCCUCACAGUAUCUUUUACCUUAGCAUGAUUUUUGAAGCCUUUUCAAUUUGCUGGUAAGUUUUCAUGAAUACAAGUUAGAGAACACGAAGGAAACUGUACAAUUUUUCCUUUACAAGUCAUAUCAUUUCAGCAUAAAGAACUUAUGUUCUGUUUAUCUCGAGUAAUAUUGUAUCUUACAUGAUCUGGUUUGGAUGCUACCUUCCGAUUUUGAUUUGAUAUCAUUUGUUCUUAGAUGUAUUGAAAAAUGUUUGGGAAGGUUUUGCUGAAAAACCCUUUCAGUAUUUCUGGUCUGAGCUACUUAAGCUUGGAUGCUAGGUGGUCUUUCUUACGCCCAUCUCGAGGGACUUUCCGCAAACUGAAGCUGGAACUAAAAUUCCAAGUUUAGGUAUGUUCUUUCCGCCGAAACAGGUAAUUUGCCUGACCUUGCUGUAUCGGUACCUAGAUAGAUGUGAUUUCUGCCUUAAUUUUUGUGACUUGUGAUGCAAGCAAGUGCUUUUAUGGGCUCGCUAGUAGAUUCAAGUACAUUUUUUUUUAUCAGAGUUGUUUAGAUAGGGCUCAAUUCAUCUUUAGGAUAUGUGGCUAUGGUUGUUACUUAUUUCUUGAGUUAUUUUAUCGACAAACAUUCGGAAACAAUUAGCUUCAUCAUUUUAAGUUGAGCUUGAAGUGAACAAUGAACAUCAUCAUUAAGCUGAAUGUCCUUUUUUGUUGGCAGAAGCAUGUGAUAACAACAUGGUCAGACCGGAGAGACAGGUAAGAAGGUUGGGGCGUUAGCAUUGUCGGACCAUGAUUAUAUUAGAAUUUGGGUGGAGGAACCUAGGAUGUGAAGUUUUUUGGCAUAGGUUCCCGGGGCCGUCCUGAGCCAUAGUUCAGUACAUGGGCCAGCAACCUCAACCUGGGAAAGAAAUGAGAGACCAAGCCAUUGUAGGUGGAGAAGCACUCGUAACUGUUCCCAUCUUAUCUACAUUUCCCUGUGUUAUGUUUUUGGGUCGUUGGGAGAGUGGAGCCCCACCAUGAAAGAAAGUGCCAAGUCUUUUUCAUAGCUUCAAGUGUUAUUUUUUUCCCAUCAAAUCAUCAAUUUUUAGCUUUUAAACAUUCCAAAGCUCAUGAAAGGUUUAGACUUGAGAGUGUGUUUGUAAGAAUUAGAGUUUACAGUGUUGUUUUUAUUAUUAUUACAAAUUCAUUGUGUUGUUUGAAUUUAGACGAUAAUUCUUGUCGGCAA